AUGGCGUCCCUGUUUUUUUCCACUCCUGUCGAUAUUGACGUUGUGCUCGAUGACCUCGAUGAGCGCCAGACCAUCGAUGCCAAGCUUGACAAGGACCGCCGCGAGCGCGUCCCCCUGUACCUAGACGGCGAGUCCGUGAAGGGUGCGGUGACAAUUAGACCAAAGGAUGGCAAGCGAUUGGAACACACUGGUAUUAAGGUCCAAUUUAUUGGCACAAUCGAGAUGUUCUAUGACCGAGGCAACCACUACGAAUUCCUAUCGCUGGUGCAAGAGCUCGCUGCGCCUGGCGAGCUGCUUCACCCACAAACUUUCCCAUUCAAUUUCAAGAACAUUGAGAAACAAUACGAGUCCUACAAUGGUAUCAAUGUGAAAUUGCGCUACUUCGUUCGCGUGACUGUCUCCCGACGAAUGGCCGACGUCAUUCGCGAGAAGGACCUGUGGGUUUAUUCGUACAGAAUGCCACCAGCGACCAACAGCCCGAUCAAGAUGGAUGUUGGAAUCGAAGACUGCCUGCACAUUGAGUUUGAAUACUCUAAAUCCAAGUACCACCUCAAGGAUGUCAUCGUCGGCCGGAUUUAUUUCUUGCUGGUACGGCUCAAGAUCAAACAUAUGGAAUUGUCCAUCAUUCGUCGGGAGACAACUGGCUCGCCGCCCAAUCAAUAUAAUGAGAGUGAGACACUGGUGCGCUUUGAGAUCAUGGAUGGCUCACCUUCAAGAGGUGAAACCAUUCCGAUCCGUCUGUUCUUGGGUGGCUUCGACUUAACACCCACCUUCCGUGAUGUCAAUAAGAAAUACUCGACAAGAUACUAUCUCAGUCUGGUGUUGAUUGAUGAAGAUGCUCGUCGUUAUUUCAAGCAGUCCGAGAUCUCUCUUUAUCGUCAAGCUCCUGAGAUUGCCGCCACGCCGGCGAUCGCGCAGCAGCGAGAAAUUCAACAACAGGUGCUUCUCCAACAACAGCAGCAGGCUCUGCCACCUGGAUCCGCAACUGCUGGCCCGGGCCGAGAAGUACCCCGUGUUCAUAAAGAGCAGCAGCCGAGUCCUCCCCCGUCGCGGCAUGAUUCAACAUUGCAUGGAGAGAUGAGAUAUGAAGCGAACUUUUAA